UAAAAUAGUACAGGGUGUGUUGUUAAAAUGACAUCUUACACGCAUGUAAUAUGUAUGCAUAGAUUCUACACAUGAUUCGUAACGGUACAGAUUUCAUGCACACGCAGAGAGAGAUCUGUAUUUCCAUUACCACAUGUCUGCCCUCUGACUACAUCGAUUUCUACACAGAAACAUAUGAAACAAAAGGGGAAGAAGUACUACUAAUCAAUUGGAGAACUCUACUAUAUUUAGCAGGACCUCUACAGUAAAAUAGUCCAAUAGGGGGAGCAGAGAAAGAGAAGGAAAGGACAUUUUAUACUGGAAGUAGAGACAGUGACAGUUGAAUUUGAAUUUUGUCCUCGGCAUAUUUGUGGGAAAACCCAUAACCCAUUUCUUUUUCUUUGACCUAUUUCGAAUCUUCUGCGAAUGUCUGAUCCUUCACCUUUGUAUUAGCUACGCUGUAUUGGUUUAGCCCUUUUGAAUCAGGCCAGAUUUGUAAUGAUGGCCCCAGAUGGUGACAUGGAUAAAAUUGAUGCAAAUGUUUCUGCAUUGGGUAAUGGAGGUUUAACGCAGAAUGUGUCUGAGCCUAAUGCAAUGAAGACCCAAUACAGUGCAGGUAUUGAGGGCGGGUCUGAAUCAUCUGGGUCUUGCAGUUUUCAAUUCUUUGUGUAUAAUGAAGAUGGGCUUAAUUUGAGUGUUGAUUUGAAUUCAAAUCCAUUGGACUGGAUGAGAGCUUGCAGCAAUGGAAUAAGAGUUCCUCAGCAUAUACACAGGUCCAAGCCCAUGCCAAUGAGUUCGGAGGGGGGGUCAACAAAGCGUCUGAAGGUUGUGGAUUUUAAUAAUUCUGAGGGGACUUUGCCAGAUGGGUUUCAUAAUAGGUCUUUGACUGAGCAGGUUGGGAUUAGUACAAUUGAUGAAUCUUUAAAUGGGUGCAUUGGGAAAGAGGUUCCAACAGACCUGCAAAUGGUGCCAGAUGGGUCUAAAGCAACAGGGGAGUUGAUUGCAGUGCAGUCCGUGGCUUGUGAGCAACGUGUUGUGUAUGGAGGGACUCACUUGAAUCAAGGCGUCUUGAAUGAUUCUGGACAGGAGACAGGGGAUCAACAACUCUUUCAGGCACAUGAGAACAAAGUACCUGGUGUAGAGAGACAGACUGGAGAUGUGAAAAUGAUAGAUCAAAGCAUUUCGAGUGGUUAUGGGUUGGAGUCAAGGGAUCAGCAAUUUAUUCGGGCACAUGAGGCUAUGCAAAAUGAAGAUGGAGAAAUUUCAAGAAAUUUGCAGGGGGAUGGUCCUUUGGAGAACACUGGAGAGGAAAUGAACCACUCUCAACCAACGAUAGAUUUCCAAAACUCAGAGAGGCAUAAGAUUGAGGUCAAGAAGGCUCCAAAGACGAAUUUGAGAACCCUGAAAACUUUAGCAAGGGGUCCUAUAGUCUUGUCAGAUGGUGAUACUAAAGAAAGGAGAGGAAGGAGAAAAUCUGCUCGUCUUACAGAUAAAGAUUUGAUAUGAGAAAAUGUUGGAUCUUCUUAAUUGAUUUCGAGAACAGAGCAUCCAAAAGAUAAUGACAUUUGUUCAUAAAAAAUGAGGGACAAGGGACCUAAGGUCUGAUAAAAUGAAUUGCACGCUUCAGCAGAUUUAAAUACAACCGAUGUAAGAAGCAGAGGAUUGCAGUUUUUCACCACCGCAAUUCCUGGUAAGAAUCUUUGGUACUGUUGGUGUCUUAUUGGUGGUACUAAAAACGGUUCUAAUUGUAUAUACAUUUUUGGCCUGGUAGGAGUAAGACGCUGUUGUAGUUGCUAUAACAGGAUACUGACAAAAAGAGUAUUCGGUGAUAGCUGCUAUAUUGUUUAGUUGUUAAUUCCAGCAUAGGCAGGCGAUGCUACAUUGAUUUCUUUUUGUAUAGUUGCAGGCCAAUUAUUGUAUAGAAAUCCACUUGGGUGCUUGUAAAAACGGCUGAUCUGCAUUAAAAUUUUGCUCUGUAGGAGGUCUUCAGGCCAAUCGAUGUAUUUCCUCAUAAAAAUGAGACUCCCAAAAGACACCGUUGAGACAAUUGAUGUAUUUCCUACUUACAUAAAAGUGAAUGAUAUUGGGGGUUACAUUUAAAACAAAUUGUUACAAGUUAGUUGAUGUUCUGGUUGUAAUAUGUAUUAUAGACCUAGUCCUGUGUGUGCUUAAUUUUGGGAAUCAUAUUAAAAAGUUUUUAACACCAAUAAGUUG